AUGGAGAGUGGUAAGAGAGAAGAAGCAGGGCCAAGUGCUUCAGUGAGAGAAGAGAAAAAACAAGAAAAUGAAGAGGGUUUUGAUUACGAGGAAGAGGGUUUUGACGAAAUCGAUCAAGAAAAUAAAAGGGCUUUUGAGAAUUUUAAUCCUGGUCCUCUUCUUCCUCUCAAAGAACAGAUUGAAAAGGACAAGGAGGAUGAAAGCUUAAGAAGAUGGAAGGAGAAGCUUCUUGGCUGCCUCGAAAGUGAUUUAAAUGGACAAAUGGAGCCUGAGGUUAAAUUUCAAUCAAUUGGGAUUAUAUCCUCUGAUUUUGGGGAGCUCAUUAGUCCCUUGCCUAUUGCUGAUGACCAGAGGAAACGUGUACUUUUUAGUCUCAGAGAGGGCUCUGAUUACCGCCUUAAGCUAACAUUCACGGUUCUUCACAACAUCGUGUCUGGCCUGGCUUACACGAAUACAGUUUGGAAGUCUGGACUUCAAGUUGAUCAAAGCAAAGGUAUGUUGGGCACUUUUGCUCCUCAGCGAGAACCAUACGUACACACCUUAGAGGAGGAGACGACUCCAUCUGGGGUGCUUGCAAGAGGAAUAUAUAUGGCUAAGCUUAAGUUUGAAGACGAUGACAAAAGAUGCCAUAUGGAGCUCGAUUAUUCCUUUGAGAUACGAAAGAGCAGUUAA